AUGUCUCCAACACCAGAUCCUAUUGCUAUCAUAGGCGUCGGUUGCAGGCUCCCUGGCGGGGCCAGCAAUCUCGACAAGCUAUGGAAUCUCCUGUCGGAGGGCCGCAGUGGCCAAAUGAAAAUCCCGGCAGACCGCUGGGGUGCUGAGGAGUGGUUUGACGCAUACCCGGACGCGAAACAGUCCAUGGUAACGAAGCACGGGUUCUUCCUGCAAGAGGACAUCUCGCAGUUUGAUGCCAAGUUCUUCGGUAUCUCCAGCACGGAGGCCCACUCCAUGGAUCCUCAGCAGCGUCUGUUCCUGAUGACCACGUACGAGGCAUUGGAAGACGCUGCCAUUCCGGUGGAGACUUUGCGAGGGUCCAAUACUGGGGUCUUUGCUGGUGUAUAUGAGAGAAGCUAUGAUAGGAUGGGACACAAGGACCUGUCUACCAUUGGCAAUACGCAUAUGAACGGGACGGGGGAAGCGAUCCUCUCGAACAGAAUCUCCUACUGUUUUGAUCUGAAAGGACCGUGCUUGACUAUUGACACUGGCUGCUCUGGAAGUCUCGUGGCCCUUCAUCAAGCAUGCCAGAGUCUCAGGCUAGGCGAGUCAGACCUCGCCUUGGUUGGUGGCUCGCAACUUAUUAUCGACCCUGACCCUCUCACCAUCAUGAGUACCAUGGGCAUGCUGAAUCCCGAUGGCAAGUCUUAUGCUUUCGACUCGCGAGGCGAAGGUUAUGGACGCGGUGAGGGCGUGGCCACGAUUGUUCUCAAGCGUUUAGACCGCGCACUUGCAGACGGCGACCGAGUCCACGCCGUUAUUGCCAACUCUGGCACAAACCAAGACGGCAAAACCCCUGGCCUCAACACCCCCAGGUUGAACCCUGCCGAUACAUCGUUUGUCGAGGCUCACGGCACAGGAACCCAAGUAGGCGACCGAGAAGAAAUUGCAUCCAUCUCUAAGGUCUUCUGUGAGGGUGGUGCUAGGACAGGCGACCUCUACGUUGGGUCGAUUAAACCAAACGUUGGGCACCUCGAGGCGUCCUCUGGCAUUGCCGGGCUGCUCAAAUCUAUUCUCGUGCUGAAGCAUGGCCACAUCCCGCCGAACUUGGAAUUUAUCAAGCCAAAGCCCUCCCUGAAGCUCUAUGAGAGAAAUAUCAAGAUUCCGACAGAAUUGACAAAGCUCCCGAUGCCCCGUGAUGGUGGGCCGGUGCGGGUGUCUCUAAAUUCGUUUGGUUACGGGGGGUCCAAUUGCCAUGUCAUUCUCCAGGCUGCUGACUCCGAGAGGAAGCCGAAUGGUACAACGGCCAAUGGUACAACGGCCAAUGGUACAACGGCCAAUGGUACAACGGCCAUUGGAACCCACGCGGACCAGAGUAACAAUAUGAGGAACGGAUUUUCGAACAAAAAUCAAGUCUCUUUGUCGAACAAAAUUACGUCACACUGUCCGGAACUGUUUGUUCUCAGUGCGUCGACCGAGAAAGCGUUGUUAUUGCGCGCCCAAGACCUUCGCCUAUGGAUUAAGAUGCACCAGACGACACCACAGACUCUGCACAAUCUAUCCUACACGCUCGGGGUCUACAGAUCGGCUCUCCCCUACAGAAGAGCCAUCGUCGCAUCAACGAUGGAGGAGCUGGUGGCUGAGCUCAAAGUACCAUGCCCUCAGAAGAGAAUCGCGUCGCGAGCACCCAUCACGUUCGUCUUCUCCGGGCAAGGAGCCCAGUGGCAUGCAAUGGGUUUGGAGCUAAUUCACUCCUCGCGCGUUUUCCAAUUAUCGAUAUCGGCCAUGGAAGAUGCCCUGCGUCGCCAAGGCUGCCGGUGGAGUCUUGUGGAGGAGCUGUCAAAGUCUGCCGAGCAUUCCCGUAUCGGCGAGGCCGAGAUUGCGCAGCCUGCCACCACCGCCAUUCAAAUUGCACUCGUGGAUCUGCUCGAGAGCUUCUCGAUCCGACCAAGUCGGGUUGUGGGUCACAGCUCUGGUGAAAUUGCCGCGGCCUACGCGGCUGGCGCGCUGAGCCGGAACAGUGCUAUUCUCGUUGCAUACCAGCGAGGACUGUCUUCUGCCAAAGCCAAACAGAUGGCUGAUGUCCCCGGCGCCAUGAUGGCAGUAAGCCUGAACGAGACCGAAGCGACGCAGUACCUCAAGAAACUUACUCGUGGGACGGCUGUUGUGGCAUGCGUGAACAGCCCGUUGAGCCAGACCCUGUCGGGAGACGAAACCGCUAUUGACGAACUCAAGGAAGCACUUGAUAAGGACGGUAUAUUUGCCCGCAAGCUGAGGGUCGACACGGCCUAUCACUCCCACCACAUGCAGCGUGUUGCCCAAGAUUACCAAGAGGCGAUCGGCAGUAUUGAGCCCUCCGGAGUAAGAGACGGCGUGGACUUCUACUCGAGUGUCACCGGCGCUGUCAAGUCAACUAGAUUUGGCCCCGACUACUGGGCGUCCAACCUGGUGUCGCAAGUCAAGUUCAGCCAGGCGUUGAUGCUGCUACGCAACGACCAGAUCAAGCAUGAUACUAACAUGGAUAUGGGUGUAUUUGUUGAAAUCGGGCCUCACUCGGCCCUUGCGGGUCCUUCUCGCCAGACCUUUGCCCAGGACGGUGCGAAAGGCUUCAAAUUCGAGUACUUUUCUGCUCUAGUGCGCAACACUGAUGCCGCACAGUCCACCCUGGCGCUCGUUGGCAGAAUGUUCGAGCUCGGCCUCGAGCUCGACAUGCACGCUGUUCUCACCAUGACCGAUAACACAAAGCCUAAAGUCAUCAGAGACUUGAAAUCAUAUCCCUGGGACCUGGCGCCGUUCUGGCGCGAGUCUAGGCUCAGCAAGGCCCAUCGCUUCCGCCCGUUCCCACACCACGACCUCCUCGGCCUGCUUGACCCGGCCAGCACCAUCCAUGAGCCGCGCUGGAGGUACUUUAUCAACUUAGACAGCCUGCCCUGGCUCAGAGGCCAUAUGGUUGAGGGUUUCACGCUGUAUCCUGGUGCAGGCUACCUGACGAUGGCCAUGGAGGCAACGAAGCAGCUCGUGCAGAUGAGAGGGGACCAACAACCCAUCACCAAAUUUGUCCUCCGCAACGUGUCGAUCUCUAAGGCCAUCGUGCUCAAUGAGCGAGAUGACAGUAACUCCGGCGAGGUGGAAGUCCAGCUGAGCAUGUCGGCCGCGAAUCAGUACGAGGGCAGCCGCUGGGAGUCGUUCCGGAUCCGGUCUUACAACACUGACGGCUCGUGGAGCGAGCACUGCUCCGGCGAGAUCACGGUCGAGUACAACACGGACGAGCCGGACGAGGUCGAGGGAACCCGAGAAGGCGAACUGCGUCGAGAAGAAGCUAUACAAUUCCUUGAAACCUCUCAGCAAAGCUGCGACACCGACAUGACGACGUCGGAGUUCUACGACUUUGCAAGACAGACAGGAAACGAGUUUAGCGGUGCAUUUACACCUAUCGUUUCAGCAAAAUACGGCAAAACCCGUGGCGUGUUCGAAAUAAGUACGCCAGAUAUUGCGGCGCUGAUGCCGUACCGGUCCUUCAGGUCUCAUGUCAUCCAUCCGACCACCUUGGAUGCCGCGCAGCAGAUCAAUGCAAUCCUGUUUAAGAGAUUCAUCACCAACGCUGCGUGUGUUCCGACUAAGAUCCCGCUGUUGGAAAUCAGUGCCAGUAUCUCCACCACGGCAGGAGCCGUCCUGACUGGGGCCAUGCAAAUCGAAGCUGACGGGCCCAGAGCGUCCACGGGGGAGGGCUGGGUGUUCCAGAAGGAUGUGGAUGGCCAUCUCAGCCCCGUAAUUCGACUUCUUAUCAACUUGAGAGCCGUUGGCGAGACGCGCGAGGAUGAAAACCGGCCUUUCGUCCAGGAUGCAGUAAAUCGACUGGACUGGAACCUUGAUGCCGACUUCAUGACCGGAAGCUCAUUCCAUCAGGUGCUCCUGUCUACCAUGGGCUUGGAGAAAAACACAACACACGGGUUUGAAGGAACCAAAUUGUCUCUUCAGGAAUCCGAUGAGGAAUACCGCGUUACGGAUCAGGCCUCAUCCAUUUGGUUUCGAGAUGCUGUGCGCCAUGUUGAGGAGAACAAUGCUGGCAUGGUGACCCCCCAGCAAGUCAAAUUCCUUGGUUGGAUGAAGAGGUGGUUAGCCUCGGACUACUGCCGUCAGAUCACCUUGGGCUUGACUUCGGAAGAAGAAAAGAGCAUCCUGCAAAAGAUCGAGUCCUCUAAUACCUCAGCCCAGCUACAACUUCUAGCCCGUGUUGGUAAAGCCCUCCCGCACAUCCUGACUGGCAAAGCCCAGCCCUUGGACGUCAUGCUGGAAGGCAAUCUCCUAUCAAGGUACUAUGAGAGCGGCAUUAUGGUCGGCCCCUACGAAGCCGCAGUGGCGUACAUGAAGAUCCUUACUUUCAAGAACCCGCGCCUCCGCGUCCUCGAGGCUGGCGCAGGCACGGGAGGCUGCACAAAGUGGCUCUUCCGCGGACUUUCUGGCCAGAACGGCGCCGUCGGCCUUCCUGUCGAAAAAUACACUUUUACGGACGUCUCUAGUGGAUUCUUCGAGGAUGCGCGCCAGACAUUCGCCAAAUGGGAGGACGUCAUGGAAUUUCGAACGCUUGACGUGGAUGCAGAUCCUAUCGAGCAGGGCUUCGAGCCUGAAUCUUACGACGUGCUGGUGGCGGCCAAUGUGCUGCAUGCGACAAGGAAGAUCGACGUGACGAUAAGUCGCAUGCGCAAGCUACUUAAGCCUGGGGGCAGCCUGGUUCUCCUUGAAGUCGAGCCGAAAGGCGCCGCUUUUGGUCUCGUGGCCGGCUCGCUCACCGGAUGGUGGGCUCCCGAGGAUGAUUUCCGGGUCGACGGUCCGCUGAUGGUCGGCAACCAGUGGCAGGAUGUCCUGGCGAGGAACGGGUUUGGGGGAAUUCACCUAUCGUGGGAAUGCAUGAUGGUGGCCAAAGCUGAGCCCUCACAUAGCAACGGGACAUUUGCCAGGCACAGCGUCGUUCUUAUCAGGGACGGCGUUGACGAUCAUGUGGUUAAGACGGCCGCCGUGGAACUCGCCUCCAACGAUAUUGAUGCCGUAGAGUGCCCGUGGGAACAAGUUAACGCCCAGGAAGACAGCCUCUAUGUGAUCAUCGACCGUGCGGAGAAACCGCUCCUCCUCGACCCCCAGCCCCAACUGUUCGAGACCGUCAAUGCCCUCCUCAACGCAAAAUGCCGAAUCCUAUGGGUGCUCCUCCAAGCAACAACAGACCCUGCUGCUGCAGCCUACAAGGGACUGGUUAAUUCCUUUGUCCGUGUGCUCCGGCGAGAGAGCAGCAGCACUGGUAUAGUCAGCCUCGACAUCCGCCAACCUAAUCUACAUCCAGAGAAAACUGCCCGAAUCAUCGCCGACGUGGCACACAAGCGUUUCUGGCCGGCCACGGGUAACGCGCCGUCUUUAGAGCCGGAGUUUGCCUACGAGGACGGCUGUAUUUUGAUCCCCCGUAUUAAGCCGGAUGCCGAAUUCUUGCAGUGGGCUCGGCGCCGUACGGGACUGGGUACCGCCGACGAGACGGAGACCGCGUCCUACCAAGGCGACCGAAUUCUCAAGGCCGAGGUCGCGACAUCGGGACUGCUGAGUUCGCUGCGCUUCGUCGACCAUGACAUGUCGGCUGCUCUCGGGGCAUCCCAGAUUGCAGUCAAGACCGAGGCCCACGGUGUGAACUACAAGGAUGUCAGCCAUGCUCUUGGCCAGAGAGGCCCUGGUGUCCAUUUGGCUGGCGAGUUUGCCGGCCUUGUGACGGCUGUGGGCGAAGAUAUGCGGAAUAGCUUCCAAGUAGGCGACCGCGUGAUGGGUUUCGGCGCACAGCCGUUCAGCAACCUGUCGCGGGUGCAUGGACAUCUGGCCCACAAGAUACCCGGCUGGAUGUCCGCCUCGGUGGCGGCGUCCAUUCCGCACGCGUACGUGACGGCCUAUCGCUGCAUGGUGGAAACAGCCCGUCUUGAGAGAGACCAAUCGGUUCUGAUUCACGCUGCGUCCGGCGGCGUGGGCCAGGCGGCCAUUCAACUCGCCCAGCAUAUUGGUGCGACGGUAUUCUGCACCGUCAGCACGGCUGCAAAGCGAGCGCUGAUCAUGACCGAGUACAACAUCCCGGAAAGUCAUAUCUUCUCCAGCCAGACCGCGUCGCUCAAGCGGGGCAUCAUGCGACUCACCAACGGUGAGGGAGUGGAUCUGGUGCUAAACUCGUCGACAGGAGAGUUACUAAGGGACAGUCUCGACUGCACCAAACCCCUGGGAACUUUCAUUGAGCUGGGGAAGAGUGAGAUGCAACAAGGUUCUCGGCUGAGCAUGGCUGCCUUCAACAAGUCAAUCACCUUCCACGUCUUCGAUCUAGAAAAACUCUCGGCUCUAAACUCCGGGCGCGUCCACCAUAUGUUAGGCGACAUCGUCAGUCUGCUUGAGUGCAGGGCAUUGCGGCCCAUACACCCCAUCAUCACCUAUCCCAUUGAUCAGAUUGAGGAUGCAUUCCGUUUCGUAGGCUCGAGGAAGCACAUUGGCAAGGUUGUCCUCCAGGUCGAGGCCACAUCCAUGGUCAAGUCUCUCCCUGCAAAGCCGCUGCCACUGCGUGUCCGCAAAGACAGUACAUACGUCGCAGCCGGCGGCCUGGGUGAUCUAACCUCGCGGAUAUGUGUGUUUUUGGCCUCUCGGGGUGCCGGGCACGUGGUCUCUCUUUCUCGGCGCGCCAUCGACGAAGAAACGAAACAGAAGCACAUGGCUGCGGUCAGAGAACAUGGGGGCGAACUUCAUAUCCUCCAAUGUGAUAUCACGGAUGAGGAGAGCAUGAAACGCGCUGCGUCUUAUUGCUCCAGGCUGCCCCCCGUACGGGGUGUGGUGAACGGUGCUUUAGUUCUUAGAGACCGGACUUUCGCCCAGAUGACCGUCGAGGAGUGGAAGUUGGCACUCCAGCCCAAAGUGCUCGGGACUCUCAACCUUGACAAGUUCUUUGCCUCGCCAAGUUUAGCCUUCUUCCUAACCCUCUCUUCGGUCGUGGCCGUCGUUGGUAAGGGUGGUCAAUCCAAUUACGCCGCUGGAAAUGGCUUUCAAGACGCUUUCGCACGGGCCCAUGCCAGCCACCCCCAUACGCACUACGUCUCAGUCAAUGUGGGGGCCGUCUCCGUCGAAGCGCACCGCGCAGAACAAGGCGAGAUGUCCGUCGGCGGCCUGAGGGCGUCUCUGCGGCAGAACAGCGCGAUGGACAUCUCCUAUGGCGAGUUCUUUGCAAAUAUUGAGUAUGCCAUGACUGAUCUCGCUCGAGAGCGGCACAUGCACCAGACCAUCCAGGGUGUCACGCAUCAGUCCAUGAUGGACGCCAACGACGAGCAUCUUCUUGAUAACCCCGUUUUCAGCCAGCUGGCUCAUUCCCAAGAAAAGCAAGCUGCGGGCGCCACGCAGACCGAUAAGGUGGACUUGAAAAAGGCUCUAAGUAGCGUGACAACGAUGGGGGAAGCGGAGCAGCUCAUCCGGGACGCAGCGCUGACCAAGUUCGCUGUCUUCCUUGACCGGUCGAUCGACGACAUCAGGGUUGAUCAGUCGCUUGCGACCAUCGGUCUCGACUCCCUCGUCAGCAUCGAGCUGAAGAACUGGAUGGUGCGCGCGUUCCAGAUCAACCUCCAGACGUCGGAACUUGGCGGUGCGAGCAGCAUUCUAGCACUAGCGGCAACGGUCGCCUCGCGGUCGACCUUGAUCCCCGACGAGAUCCGGCGAACAUCACGCCCACAGGAAGCGACUAAACCGGCGGAGAAGGAUGAGAACACCCCUACGAAUGGCGAGUUUCAGCCGAAUCAUAGCUUCCACUGUUGUCGGGCGAGCAAGGAGCUACCCAGGCACCCGCUUGUCGACCUAGACGAGGCCGUCAACGACCUCCUAAACGGCAUCGGCCACUUUGCCCACACGCGAGAGGAGUAUGCGGAGCUCAGCCGCAAGGCCCACGCCCUCGCUGCACCGGGCAGUCUCGGCCGCAGGCUGUACAGCCAACUACGCGCCAAGGCGGACGACCCCAGCGUCGAGAGCUGGAUUGCCGGUCCCCUUACCAAGGCACUGCACCUCAAGAGAAGAUAUCCUCUGGUACCAUUCAGCAGCUUCCUCGGUACCCACUUUGACAGCCCCGUGCCGCACACCCAAGCCCAGCGAGCGGCCACGCUAACUAGGGGCCUGUGUGAGUUUAAACGUGACCUAGAUUCCAAGAAUCUGAAGCCCGACUUUCUGGGCGAGAGGCCAAACUGCGGCUACUCGCUGACGUGGCUUUUCAACGCGCUGAGAGAGCCCAACGUGGGAUGUGACAAGAUGAUGAGGUAUCCGGGGGUGGAACACAUUGCCGUGUUACGAAGAGGGCACUUGUUCCGCGUGUCGCUCCGGGAAGGAGACGACAUUGUCUCAUAUUCCAAGCUGAAAGCAACAUACCAAGCCAUCCUUGAUAUCAACCUAGAGGAAAAGCACUGGACGGGCAUUUUGACGACCGACAACCGCGACAGUUGGGCUACUAACCGACAGACACUGCUCUCGAUAGACGCGAGGAACGCCGCGUAUAUCAAAACGGUGGAGGAAUCUGUUGUUGUCCUGUGCCUGGAUGACUACAGCCCCCUCACGCGUGAGGAACGGGUCCGGUUCGGGUACCUGGGCGACUCGUUCAACCGCUGGCACGACAAAACCCUACAGCUCGUCGUUACCGCCAAUGGCAGCUCCGGUACCAUCUUCGAGCAUUCCAUGAUCGACUUCAUGACCACGUCGCAGAUCUCGCAACGGCUACAGCGAGCCAUCAACAGCCUGGACCCAGAGAACGACAAUGACGCCGGUCCUGACCGCGAAGCCAUCGUCGAUCCCGCCAGCCUGGAGGAGAUCCCCCUGGUAGCGACAACGGCGGAGAUCGAGGCCCGCAUGACGAUGUUGCGCGACAAAUACGCCGCAACCACCGGGGCGAAGAUCUACACGCCCCACGUCGUCCCGUCUAUCGGAAAAGCCGUCCUCCUAGACCACUCGGUGCCCAUCAAGGCGACCGUAGACCUAACGAUCCAGCUCGCCAGCCGACUGUACUUUGGUUACCUGCCGGCAAGCUGGGAGACGGUAUCGACAGCGCACUUCCACCUCGGCCGGCCCGAGAUCGUGCAGGUGGUGCUCAAGUCGGUGGUAGAGUUCUGUGACGCGGCGCUCGACAGCAACGUGUCGCGGACUGAGGCGCGUGCCCAGCUCCUGCGGGCGGCGCGCGAGACCAACGCGCAGGUCGUCAAGGGUGGAGAGGGCCGCAACUACUUCCGGCUGAUGGACGUGCUGGAGGUUAUGAGCCAGGACGCGCACGACGAGGACGCCUCCGAGGCCAUUCCAGAGCUGUUCUCUGACCCCGUGUGGAAGAGGAGCUACCCGCGUCUGAUCAUGCAGACUAUGAUCGACAAGAAACUGGCCCAGGAUCCCGGCUAUACGAUGGAAGACCCAGAGAAUGUGUGGAUGAACUACACCGUGAACGAAGAUUCUCUGGAGGUGUGCUUCGUCAGUCCUCGCACGGGCACCGAGCGCUUCAAGGCAGCGCUCGGGCGCGCGGCGGAUAUUGUCAAGAGCAUUAUUCAGGCUGGUCAAGCGUGAGGGGUUAUGUAGGCUGGUAUCUGGGGCCGGAAAAGAAUGUUUUCACUGAAG